UCAGAAAAAGUGGACAAGGUGGUGCUACAGGAACUAAAUGAGAAACUGGAGCUGGCUGAGAGAGCACUGGCUUCCAAGCAACUUCAGAUGGAUGAGAUGAAGCAACUCAUAGCAAAGCAGGAGGAGGACCUGGAAACCAUGGCUGUCCUGAGGGCUCAGAUGGAAGUUUACUGUUCAGACUUUCAUGCUGAAAGAGAAGCAAGAGAGAAGAUCCAUGAAGAAAAGGAACAACUGGCAUUGCAGCUGGCAAUCUUGCUGAAGGAGAAUAAUGCUUUUGAAGAUGGAGACAGCAGGCAGUCCUUGAUGGAAAUGCAAAGCCGGCACGGAGCGAGAACAGUUGACCCGGAACAGCAGGCUUACCUCGUUCAAAGAGGGGGUGAGGACAGGAACUGGCAGCAACAGCAGGAAGAGAGUAUUCCGCUCCAUUCUUGCCCCAAGUGUGGAGAAGUUCUGCCGGACAUAGAUACGCUACAGAUUCAUGUCAUGGACUGCAUCAUUUAACUCCUGAUGUCACCUGUCCAAACUGUUGGUAAAUGUCGGAUUUUCUCCUCCAAGACUUGUACUUUCGUCUCAUUUGUUUGCCCCCAAAUAUUUGGCCUCAUUAUGCUUACUUUAGGGAAAAGAAUAUGUAUCUAAGUACAACAUCGUGGAUUUCCAUGAACUCACAAAAAGAAUCUUUAAUUACCACUCUUCUGAUGAAAAUCCGAUGUUUUUAUGUUAUGUUUGUACAAGCAACUGCACUGCUUGUGUGGUUAGGUGUCAUGAGAUGUCUUGUGAAAGCCCGUGGAAGACUAUGGAAGAAAUGUCACUGAUAAAUUUUAACCUUUUAAGAAGGCAGGAAAAAUGAAGUGGUCACAGAUUUGAUCAGGAAAAAAAAUGUCCAAAGUAUUUUUAAGUAAAUUAUGUUCUUUUUCUUCAUCUAGUUAAAAUGGAUCUUUGGGGGUUAUGUGUUUGUGUGUAUGUUGCUUUUUUAUUGCAGUAGUAGUAACUGUACUAAAGUUUUGAUAUGGCCCUCUUUGUCUGAGCACCGUGAGCUUUUGGCUGCCAUCAGGACAAGUGAACAGUUUUGGCACACAUAACAUUAAGUUCACUGGAUUUCUUAUAACCAUUCAGAGUAUUAAGAAGUUAGCUUUGUUCUUUCAUUGUACUGAAGUUAUGUGGGCUGGUACGGUACAUAGUUUAUUAAUUUCUAAAAAGAGCAGGUAUUUUCUUCCUAGAUCAAGUUAUUUCUUCAUAAUCACAAAAAGUGGUUCUUGCAAAAUAAAAUUUUGCUUAUGAGUUCUUUACA